CUUUGAUUCUGCACAGCUAUGAAACUGAGAGACUAGCUGGGUGUUUGGAAUAAUCAGUGAAGACGAGUACCCACAUUAAUUUUUAAAUAGAGUGUGUUGCCUAGCAGUAAACCAUGGGCAAUUUCAAAGGGCAUGCCCUCCCUGGAAGCUUUUUCCUUCUUUUUGGCUUGUGGUGGUCAGUGAAAUAUCCACUGAAGUAUGCCUGUCGAAAAAACAAGAAUGCUUGCUACCUUGGUUCCAGGGUAGGAUUUCAGCGCCUGGAGUUUGUAGAGGGGAUCAUCAAAGCUGUCUUUGCCCUGAUCGGAAUGGUGGCUGAGCAGUUUGUUCCUGAUGGACCUCAUCUGAAGCUGUACAAUUACGAGGAAAAGCACUGGGAUCACCUCAUGAACUGGCAACAUGCUACCAUGUACCUUUUCUAUGGCAUUUCAGGGUUGGUUGACAUUGUGGCUCAUGGGACCAGUGCACUGCCAGUGGCCAUGGACAAGAUGAUGCUUUCGUUAGCAGUGUUUAUUGAAGGUUUUCUCUUUUGCUACCAUCUUCAUGGGAGAGCCAUGCUGGAUGUUCAUGUUCAUCAGUUACUGCUGUUUGCUGUCUUUGGAGCUGCUGUUUGCAUAUUUCUGGAAGUUUUCUUCCGUGGCAGUAUUGUGCUAGAGAUGCUUCGUACAAGCCUUUGCAUAUUACAAGGCAGCUGGUUCUGGCAGAUUGGCUUUGUGCUUUAUCCUCCAAAUGGGAGGCCAGAGUGGAAUCAGAUGGAUCAUACCAAUAUGAUGUUCCUGACCAUGUGCUAUUGCUGGCAUUAUGCCUUUGCUUUUCUUAUACUUGCAGUCAAUUAUACAAUUGUCAGCUGGGCAGUUCGUUCAAAGGUUAAACAGUCCCAGUCCAUGGAAAUGGGAUUACUGAAGACAUCUGAACGAGACCAGGAAUCAGAAGAUGAAAUUUAGUAUGAAUAUGGCUUGACUAGUUUACCUGCUCUACCAUUAGGCUAACUGAUAUCUCAUUAAUAGAAUUUUUUAACAUCUUAUUCAUUCUUUACUGCAACUUGCUAUGCAAAUAUCAUCCAUGAGUACUGUCUACAUCUGCACAGUUACAUCUUGUGGAGGGUGAGCUUUGUAUUGAUUCGCAGCAGUUGCACUAGUACCUAGCUUACCACGUGCUUCAAAGAAAACCAGACUAAUAUUAGACAGACUUGAACUGGAUAAGGUGGCAUGAUGAAGUCUGUGUGUUUGCCUCAUUAAUAGCUAACCAAAAUGUUUUCUGACUGCUGCUGAAUGGACCCAAGUUUCCAUAAUUAGGGUGUUCAGGUAAGUGUGUUUGCUGCUCUGCAGGUAACUGUGCAUAAAUAACUCUGCAGACCUGGAAGGAGUAGUACAAGAUGAAAAAUCAUGAUUUUGCAGCUGUCUUGUAUAACACUUUUGUGUCUCUGCUUGUGGCUUUAUGCUGAAAGUCUGUUGAAAAGCAGAGGUGCUCUCUCCUGUUGAAAAGAGAGGGUGCUCUCCCCCAUGCUUGCUGUUGUUUGGGAUGUGCUUCAACCUCAACAAAGGGGAAAUAACUGAUACGGUAACAGUCAUCAGAAAAUGAUGUUGUAUGUAAGCACACUGCCUCUAGGGGGCAGACUUUCGACUCAUCACUCUCGCUCUAAAUAAGUCUCAAAAGACUGCCAUGGGCAGCUUGUUGUACAGCAGUACUUACACUCUGUUUUUCAGAGGAUUGAGAAUGGUAUUCAUGCUGGUGGCCAGCAAGUGGCCAUUUUACACAUGCAUCAGUGAUAAGGUGGUCAUGGUAAGAUGGUCAUUCUGUAAAACAGCCUCUUACCUUUAAAACUCUUUCUAAAGAUACUAUUUUCUUAUUAUUUUCUGAAACAGGCUAAUGCAGGACAACAAAUUCUGUUCAGAUAAUGCCUGUUCAUCAGGUUUGGUUCUGUGGAAGUGUGUUUCUUUUAUUAUUCAAACGUUUCCAGAUGCUUAUAAGGGAGUGCAGAGCUGAACUCUCGUAGACGAAUGAGAUUUGUCGGAUCUGGUCCCUUCACUUUUGAGCUUCCUUUAAAUUUUUCCAGUGUGAACCAGAAAAAUUAGUAGCAUAAAAUUACUAAUUGCAGUGAGAAGGUUGUUUAGGUAAUAAUAUAGUUUGUAGCUCAAAGGGAUCUAAGGACUCAGAGAAAAAAAGGAAAAAGAAAAAUUAAAGGUUUUUUUCUAAAGCUGUUUAACCUUCAAUACAACAUAAACAUUCACUUCAUUUUUAAGAGCUGCCUUUUAUCUCCCAUUUUUUCAAGGAGUACCUUCCUUAGAUGCACAUUCUAUUAAUGCUGAAUUUCAGACUGCCAGAUUUAUCAAUGUGUUUCCAAAAUCAGUGGUGCUGUUUAUUUUGAAGGACAUCUUCAGAAAGUGCUUUGUUUCUCAUAUGCAGGAGCAAUGCAAGUUUCUUCACUGCUCUUCUUAAUAAAUAUAUUUGAUACUGUACAAAUAUUAAGGUGCUGUAUCUCAAAAAUAAAGGGAUAGCCUCAGAAGAAAAGCAUAAUAAACUGGCUGAGCUUUCUUAGAACA